UUGGGGUUCGAGUGCAUAAGUCACCGUCAACAUCGAAAUGCAGAAAACCAACCAACAGGAUUUUUGCUGGCCCGAGGCUGCCCAAGAAUUCCAAGACAACAGGCGUGAAAUUGAGGAAUACUUAAGGCGAAAGCGAGAAGGCGACGGAGUCACAAUAAGCUCGCAUCCGGAGGUGGCAUACUUGAACAACACCGUGUUUCCUGUCCUGAACCAAGGACUGAUAGAGUUGCUGGUCAGAGUGACCAACGAGGGCAGUUGUUACCGUCCGAAGAGUACCUUCAACGGUCUGGACUUCUUAGCCGAGUACCUCUACAACCUGAACCCUCGGCAUCCAAAUCGGCGGCAUGCGUGGACUUACAUUUUCGACAUAGAUUGGGUCAAACGACAUUUGGAAAAAUGUCCGAGACCCUACUACCCCCCUCACCUCGUCUGGGAUACCAGUAAGGCUGCGUUAAAAAUCCAAGCUUACAUGAGGGGCUACUGGGUGAGACGUAGACCGGAAGUGCUCGAGUUGAGGACAUUUUGGAAGCAAAUCAAGCUAAAUGAUCGAUCGGACUAGGGACGUUUUUCCGCGUCAGUAAGUUCGCCAUUGGGACGUUUCAUUUGUAACGUAACUAUUACAUUAUCCAUAUACUGUGACUAAUGGCGUAGCGGACGUAGAGGUGGGACGGGUUCGAAUUUGGACCACUUUCACCCGGAUCCGGAGCCGAGACAAUGAACUUUGGAUGCGCUCUCGUCCGUAGCAAUCAUGCUUCUUUUGUCCCCCCCGGAUUAGUCCAGUUCGUGCAUAAUAAUAAAGGUUUUUUACUUAAA